AUGAGCGGCAGGGCACAAACACGGCCCCGACCCUCGUGGUCUUCUUCGGAGGGCGCCAUUCAAGAAGCAGUAUCCCAGCAAUCGACGGUUGAAGACUAUGAAGAAACAACCAGUCAGUCGCCUAGUGAAGGUGCUACUCACUAUCCAACACCGCCUAGUUCGUCAUCCAAACUGGAUCACACCCGCUCAAACGUUCAACGAACUGUCAGCGGGUCCGCCGUUACGCAGCCAACACCCACCGACGAUGCAGCCGUAACUAAGCCCACUGGCAAUAGGAGCAAGAUGCCAAGGGAAGCCAGAAACGCGAAGAACAGGGGAUCACGUCGACCUGCUAGUAUAUCAUCAUCCGGGCCUGAUCCACACUUUGUCCCCCAUGACACCUUCACAUCGUCCCCAGAAUCGAGCUAUUUUAAGAAUACUCCCAGCGGACGUCAAGCAAUGCCCUCGGCAUAUGAUGCAACAACUGUUGCCGCUGCCAACUAUCCUCAGUCUCCUGUUAGUCCUAUGUCAUACACUGGUUGGGGACCAAACCAUACUCCGGCUGGCUAUCCGCCAUCACAAGACCUCUUUUCACCUCAGCAAUCGGGUUUUCCACUCAUCGAGCAAUCUUACCAUCCUGGAUUUACAUAUGUGAACCAAACGGCCAGUACAUUGGAACCUCCUAUUGUCAAUCAAAAGCCUUCAUACGAUACUUCAUACGACACCUCUUACCCAGAAACCCAAGACGAAAUGGCUGUGCCUAAUGGCAACCUCCCAAUCGAGGCUCUCGAUGGAUACGCAUCUAUCGCAGCCAGGAUCUCCGGCCGAGCUGAACCACAACUGAAACCCAUAUAUCGAAGAUUCGACUGGUUACUUCAUCGUAACCUCUUGCGUUAUCAAGACCAACUCGGGAUGUUCGAGGAAGAACUAAUACGCAUGGAUUCUAUCACUACACGAUUUGGGGGGCAUAUACCUGUGUCUGCUCGAGAAGAACGGAGGCUUGGCCACCAGAUCCAUCAAGAUAGGGUAAAUCUUAUGGAAAGAAUAGACGGUAUUCUUUCCAAGUACAAACUGGCGAUGUCGACACUGGAAUACAUGCAAAAGCGACCGUCACCGACAAAUGACGAAGUACAAGCUUACAGAACUUAUCUGAACCAUAGGCAGAUUUUGAUAGACGAAGAAACUCAAUUCCUUGGUGCGUCAGACCUCAUCGCUCUAUCACACGGGACGACAACAAAUGUUCCCGGAGUUAAUCAAGGACCACCUGUCGCUCCAAUUGUUCCUCUGAGAACUCUCAUAAACGGAUUUUCUAUGAGUUUCCUCUGUUUAGGGGUGUUGAUGAUGGUUCUUCCCGAUCUCAUAACCCGACUGGUCAUGUUGGUCUGUUAUGGUGUGCUGGUCACUACGAUAUUAUCGACUACCGGACAUCUCAGACGACUGAGACAACUUUUCGAAGGCUAA